ACAAUGCAGUUUAUGUGCACAUCUAAGAAAAAAAGCAGUUUGUUUCCAGGGUCUAGAGCUGUGACUUAAAACUUACUGCAGCAAAUUUCAUUCUUCUCGCAGCAGCUGUCUGUAAAUUAUUAACCAAAAACCAUGGCAGAACGGAGGAGAUCAAAAGGGAAGAAGCUCGGCUCUUCUAGAAGACUCGUGAAAAAACAAGACGAGGUAGAAGACACACAAACUCAUACUACAGAAGAGACUUCAGAUGAUUUAUUUAUUAUUGGAAUGAUGGAAAAAAUCCGCAGCCUCUUCGAUGAAGAUGAAACAAGUGGAAAUAUAUUGAUCACACGUACUGACAUGGAGAGAGUGAGCAGUAUUUUAUUCUGCAGUGUGGAGGAGUUAGAGCUUCUAUUUGAUGACCUGAACAGCGAAGGAAAUGAUUACCUAACUUAUGAAGAGCUUGCAUCAGGACUGAGAAAAUUUAUCCAAUCAAGCAACAGUCCAUUGAAUCAAAAGAGAAAAAGAAGAUCUAAGAAAAGAAUGGAGUUUCCUGAAUUCCCAUCGCUAGAGGAAGCAGACACUGAAGAAAGAAAACAAUUCAUGUCAUUCAUGGAACAGCUAGGAGCAAACAACAUUUUUGAAGAUGAAAAUGAAAUUUGGAAACUUUGGACUAGACUUGCACAAGAUGAGCCUAAUUUGCUUGAAAACUUGGAAGAAUUUCUUGCUAAAGUCACAAGUCAAAUCAAGGAAGCCAGGGUAGAGAAAGAGAAUUUGGAGAUGGCACUAAAAAAAAGAAUAUCUGAGCAUACUGAAGAAGUUCAACAUCUGUAUGAAGAGAUGGAGCAACAAAUUAAUGCAGAAAGGAUAAAGCUGCUUAAUGAGAGCGAUGCACGAAGCAGCAUCCACAGCAAGGAAAUGAAGAAAGUGAUUGGUGUGAAAAAUAAAGAAGUGCAACAACUGGUUGGGGUUCAGGAUGAGUUGGAAAGAGAACUUCACAAGCUAAGAAGCACCCAGCAGGUAACAAAGUCUGAGAAUGAAAAAUUGAAACGUACCAACCAGGAUCUAGAGGAACAGCUUGAAAAAAUACGAGAUCAACUUUCAGAAGCUCAAAGUUGUCUGGUUGAAAUGAAGCAAAACAUUAGUCAAAAUGAUAUUGAAAAGGAGAAGAGAGAAGUUGACGAGUCAAUGAGUGUUUCAAAUUCGCAGUUUUAUCAGAUUUGCUUCCAGGAUCCAUCCCUAAAGAAUAAAAUUAAUGACCAUGAAGAAAUCACAGUUGAACCAAUACAUCAACAUGAACCUACAAAACUAGUCCUAAAAACAUAUUCCAACAUUUCCAAUGUACCUGCAAACCCAAGAACUAGAGUCAUUUCUAUAGAGGAAGACCCCAUGCCAGAGUAUUUAAUUGAAGACCACAAAUUAUUUGAUAAGAGCUCAGAAGGGGAAUUAGCAAAUCUUUCCCCAGUUUCAAGAAUCCAGACAGUUAUUGAAGAAGAACAAUAUAUACAUGAAGAAGUUACUAAAGGAAAAGAACAUAACAUUUCUAGAAUGAUUGAUAUUGAUCCACAAGACGUAGAAGCAAAGAUCAAGCCGAAGACGCAAGAAAAACGCCGUUAUAGCUCAUCUUCUGAUGAUUCGGCUAAGGCUUCCUCUCAAAUAAACGUUAUGGUGCAAAGUCAGAAUUCCAUAAAAACAGAACGUUCUGUAAGCAUAGUCAUGUUAAGACGUAAUAGCAGCCUUGAUGCUCAGAAAGCUCCUUUGCAUCAAGCAGAGACAACGGAAAAUGACUCUGGCAUUAAAAGUGAAAAGACAGAUGUAAUUACCAAUAGUUUAGACAAAACAAAGUCACAGGAUGGAUCGAGCAAAAAUACCAGCUCGGUAACAUACAGAACAGUUGAAAUUAAAAAAGAUGGUAAUCAAAAAGAUGUGACCGAACAGAUGGAAGCAACAAAAUAUUCUGUGAAAUACAGAGCUGUGGGAUCAAAACAGGAUAGCCUUGGAAUAAACAAGGAAACACAUCAGUCAUCAGAAGGCUUUGAAAAGAAAAGUCCCUUUAAAGAUAUGAGGGAUGCCGAUCAUGUGUACAAGAUAAUGUUUGUUGGUAACUCGAAUGUAGGAAAAACAUCAUUUCUGGAACAAGUACAUGGAGGAUCUUUUAAAAAAACUACAUCUGCUACUGUAGGAUUAGAUUAUCGUAUUAAAAAUUUAAUUGUGGACAACAGGCAAUAUGUUCUUCAACUUUGGGAUACAGCAGGACAAGAAAGGUUCCACAGCAUUACAGAACAGUUUUUCAGAAAAGCAGAUGGGAUUGUGAUUAUGUAUGAUGUAACUUCUAAAGACAGUUUUAAUGCGGCACGGUACUGGCUAAAUUGUAUUAAGGAAAAAACUGAAGAAGAUAUUGUAAUUCUCUUGAUUGGCAACAAGAUAGACUGUGACUCUGAAAGAAAAGUGGCUCCCGAGCAAGGGGAACAACUGGCUCAUGAGUACAAAUUGCUGUUUACAGAGUGCAGUGCGUCAUCAGGAAUCAACAUAACAGAAGCACUGCGCCAACUAGCAAGAUCUCUUAAAGCACAUGAAGAAUAUAUGAAAAAUAACGUGGUCAAAAUAGGAAAAGAAAACGAGAAGGAAAGCAAAAGCUGUUGCAUGUAAAAAAGAAUCAAACAUUAAAGGAAACAUUUUUAUUUGCUUACUUAAACUGGUUUUGAUAUGUAAACUGCUCAAACUGAAAUAUGUCAUAAAUAUACAUGUUGUUGUUACAUGUUGAUAUUAUUUUAACAUUUUGUAUUACUUUUUAUUUUGACUGCACAAACACACGGUAUGUUUUUACACUAUUAUUAUUAUUAUUAUUAUUAUUAUUAUUGCCCUUUAUAUAGCGCCAACAGAUUACGCAGCGCUUUACAAUAUUACGAGAGGGGGGAAUUUUACUAUAAAUAGGACAAUUACAAGAAAACUUAC